CUAUUGCCGAUAACGAUAAAAUAAAUUUUUUUCUGCUGCUGGUGCCAAUUUAUAAGUUAUUCUUCAAUUAAAUUAACUAAACCUAGAUAAAAAACACUAUUAAAAUGUCGGCUAAGCAAAACUCCAAGAAAUCCAAGUGGGCGCUGGACUUUAAUGUUAGCAAAAAUGCAGAUAUGCCUUCUCCGCCUGGCUACAAUCCCACGGCUCUGGUAAAUCAAACGGAAGUUGUACGUGAUCAACGUUUGGUAAUUAAAAAAUCAUGGGACCUGGCCCUGGGACCACUGAAACAGAUACCAAUGAAUCUAUUCAUAAUGUACAUGUCAGGUAAUUCAAUCUCUAUUUUUCCAAUAAUGAUGGUGGGCAUGAUGUUAAUACGCCCGAUUAAGGCUAUGUUCACGACGCAAGUCACUUCAAAAAUGGCCGAGGGUGCACAGGGCACGGGUCAGCGCAUUAUCUAUAUUCUGGGCAAUCUGGCGAAUGUGGCCCUUGCGCUAUAUAAGUGCCACAGUAUGGGCCUUCUGCCCACGCACGCCUCCGACUGGCUGGCAUUUGUGCAGCCGCAAACGCGUUUAGAAUAUUAUGGAGGAGGUGUUUCCUUUAUCUAGAUUGUAACUUUAAACUUUCC